AGACACUGCUGCUCCGGGGGGCUGACCUGGCGGGGAGUGGCCGCGCAGUCUGCUCCGGCGCCGCUUUGUGCGCGCAGCCGCUGGCCCCUCUACUCCCGGGUCUGCCCCCCGGGACACCCCCCUGCCCCGCCCAAGUCAUGCAGCCCUACCUGCCUCUCCACUGUGGACCUUUGGGAACCGACUCCCCACCUCGGGGGCUCCGGCCUUGACUGUACUGGGAGCCGGUAGGCGCCCUCCCCUACCCGCCCGCGCCUCUCGCGCCCGCCGGGGCCCCGGGCUCCAAAGUUGUGGGGAGGAGCGCGAGUUGGAAAGUUUGCCCGAGGGCUGAUGCAGGGUUGGAGCUGGGGGCCGUGCGCUGCCCUGGGAGUGUGACCCGGCCAGCGACCAAAACCUUGUGUGACUGAGCUCAAGAGCAGUGCAUCCAGAUUCUCCUCAGAAGUGAGACUUUCCAAAGGACCAAUGACUCUGUUUCCUGUGCCCUUUCAUUUUUUCCUACUCUGUAGCUAUGUCUCGAUCCCGCCAUGCAAGGCCUUCCAGAUUAGUCAGGAAGGAAGAUGUAAACAAAAAAAAGAAAAACAGCCAACUACGAAAGACAACCAAGGGAGCCAACAAAAAUGUGGCAUCAGUCAAGACUUUAAGCCCUGGAAAAUUAAAGCAAUUAAUUCAAGAAAGAGAUGUUAAGAAAAAAACAGAACCUAAACCACCCAUGCCAGUCAGAAGCCUUCUGACAAGAGCUGGAGCAGCACGCAUGAAUUCGGAUAGGACUGAGGUUCUUUUUCAGAACCCAGAGUCCUUAACCUGCAAUGGGUUUACAAUGGCGCUACGAAGCACCUCUCUUAGCAGGCGACUCUCCCAACCCCCACUGGUCAUAGCCAAAUCCAAAAAGGUUCCACUUUCUAAGGGUUUAGAAAAGCAACAUGAUUGUGAUUAUAAGAUACUCCCUGAUUUGGGAGUAAAGCACUCAGAAAAUGAUUCGGUUCCAAUGCAAGACACCCAAGUCCUUCCUGAUAUAGAGACUCUAAUCAGUAUACAAAAUCCCUCUUUACUUAAAGGUAAGAGCCAAGAGACAACUCAGUCUUGGUCCCAAAGAGUUGAGGAUUCCAAAAUCAAUAUCCCUACCCACAGUGGCCCUGCAGCUGAGAUCCUUCCUGGGCCACUGGAAGGGACAUGCUGUGAUGAAGGACUAUUCUCUGAAGAGACAUUUAAUGAUACCAGUGGUUCCCCAAAAAUGUUUGCUCAGGACACAGUGUGUGCUCCUUUUCCCCAAAGAGCAACCCCCAGAGUUACCUCUCAAGGAAACCCCAGCAUUCAGUUAGAAGAGUUGGGUUCACGAGUAGAAUCUCUUAAGUUAUCUGAUUCUUACCUGGAUCCCAUUAAAAGUGAACAUAAUUGCUACCCCACCUCCAGUCUUAAUAAGGUUAUACCUGAAUUGAACCUUAGAAACUGCUUGGCUCUUGGUGGGUCUACGUCUCCUACCUCUGUAAUAAAAUUCCUCUUGGCAGGCUCAAAACAAGCAACCCUUGGUGCUAAACCAGAUCAUCAAGAGGCCUUCAAAGCUACUGCAAAUCAACAGGAAGUUUCUGAUACCACCUCUUUCCUAGGACAGGCCUUUGGUGCUAUCCCACAUCAAUGGGAACUUCCUGGUGCUGACCCAGUUCAUGGUGAGGCCCUGCGUGAGACCCCAGAUCUACCAGAGAUUCGUGGUGCUAUUCCAGUCCAAAGAGAGGUCUUUGGUACUAUUUUAGACCAACAGGAAACUCUUGGUAUGAGUGGGAGUGUUGUCCCAGACUUGCCUGUCUUCCUUCCUGUUUCUCCAAAUCCAGUUGCUACCUUUAAUGCUCCUUCCAAAUGGCCUGAGCCCCAAGGCGCUGUCUCAUAUGGACUUGCAGUCCAGGGUGCUAUACAGAUUUUGCCUUUGGGCUCAGGACACACUCCUCAAUCAUCAUCAAUCUCAGAGAAAAAUUCAUUACCUCCAGUAAUGGCUAUAAGCAAUGUAGAAAAUGAGAAGCAGGUUCAUAUAAGCUUCCUGCCAGCUAACACUCAGGGGUUCUCAUUAGCCCCGGAGAGAGGACUCUUCCAUGCUUCACUGGGUAUGGCUCAACUCUCUCAGGCUGGUCCCAGCAAAUCAGACAGAGGGAGCUCCCAGGUCAGUGUAACCAGCACAGUUCAUGUUGUCAACACCACAGUGGUGACUAUACCAGUGCCAAUGGUCAGUACCUCCUCUUCUUCCUAUACCACUUUGCUACCCACUUUGGAAAAGAAGAAAAGAAAGCGAUGUGGGGUCUGCGAACCCUGCCAGCAGAAGACCAACUGUGGUGAAUGUACUUACUGCAAGAACAGAAAGAACAGCCAUCAGAUCUGUAAGAAAAGAAAAUGUGAGGAGCUGAAAAAGAAACCAUCUGUCCUUGUGCCUCUGGAGGUUAUAAAGGAAAACAAGAGGCCCCAGAGGGAAAAGAAGCCCAAAGUUUUAAAGGCAGAUUUUGACAACAAACCAGUAAAUGGCCCCAAGUCAGAAUCCAUGGACUACAGUAGAUGUGGUCAUGGGGAAGAACAAAAAUUGGAAUUGAACCCACAUCCUGUUGAAAAUGUAACUAAAAAUGAAGACAGCAUGACAGGCAUCGAGGUGGAGAAGUGGACACAAAACAAGAAAUCACAUUUAACUGAUCAUGUGAAAGGAGAUUUUAGUGCUAAUGUCCCAGAAGCUGAAAAAUCGAAAAACUCUGAAGUUGACAAGAAACAAACCAAAUCUCCAAAAUUGUUUGUACAAACCAUAAGAAAUGGCAUUAAACAUGUACACUAUUUACCAGCUGAAACAAAUGUUUCAUUUAAAAAAUUCAACAUUGAAGAAUUCGGCAAGACAUUGGAAAACAGUUCUUAUAAAUUCCCAAAAGACACUGCAAACCAUAAUAACGCUAUGAGCUCCGUUGCUACUGAUAUGAGUUGUGAUCAUCUCAAGGGGAGAAGUAACGUUUUAGUUUUCCAGCAGCCUGGCUUUAACUGCAAUUCCAUUCCACAUUCUUCACACUCCAACAUACAUCGUCAUGCUAGUAUACACAAUGAAGGUGAUCAACCAAAAACUCCUGAGAAUAUACCAAGUAAAGAACCAAAAGAUGGAUCUCCCGUUCAACCAAGUCUCUUAUCGUUAAUGAAAGAUAGGAGAUUAACAUUGGAGCAAGUGGUAGCCAUAGAGGCCCUGACUCAACUCUCAGAAGCCCCGUCAGAGAAUUCCUCCCCAUCAAAGUCAGAGAAGGAUGAAGAAUCAGAGCAGAGAACAGCCAGUUUGCUUAAUAGCUGCAAAGCUAUCCUUUACACUGUAAGAAAAGACCUCCAAGACCCAAACUUACAAGGAGAGCCACAAAAACUUCAUCACUGUCCAUCUUUGGAAAAACAAAGUUCAUGCAACACGGUGGUUUUCAAUGGGCAAGCCAACUCACAUAUCAGCUCAGCUACUAACCAAGCAUCCACAAAGUCACAUGAAUAUUCAAAACUCACCAAUUCAUUAUCUCUUUUUAUACCAAAAUCAAAUUCACCCAAGAUUGACACCAAUAAAAGUAUUGCUCAAGGGAUAAUAACUCUUGACAAUUGUUCCAAUGAUUUGCAUCAAUUGCCACCAAGAAAUAAUGAAGUGGAGUAUUGCAGCCAGUUACUGGACAGCAGCAAAAAUUUGGACUCAGAUGAUCUAUCAUGUCAGGAUGCAACCCAUACUCAAAUUGAGGAAGACGUUGCAACACAGUUGACACAACUUGCUUCAAUAAUUAAGUUCAAUUACAUAAAAUCAGAGGACAAAAAUGUUGAAAGUACACCAACAAGCCUUGUCACGUGUAAUGCACAGCAAAAAUACAAUCAGGAGAAGGGCACAAUACAACAGAAACCGCCUUCAAGUGUACACAAUAAUCAUGGUUCAUCAUUAACAAAGCAAAAGAACCCAACCCAGAAAAAGACAAAAUCCACCCCAUCAAGAGAACGGCGGAAAAAGAAGCCCACAGUUGUAAGUUAUCAAGAAAAUGAUCAGCAGAAGUGGGAAAAGUUGUCCUAUAUGUAUGGCACAAUAUGCGACAUUUGGAUAGCAUCGAAAUUUCAGAAUUUUGGGCAAUUUUGUCCCCAUGAUUUUCCUACUGUAUUUGGGAAAAUUUCUUCCUCAACCAAAAUAUGGAAACCACUGGCUCAAACGAGGUCCAUUAUGCAACCCAAAACAGUAUUUCCUCCACUCACUCAGAUAAAAUUACAGAGAUACCCUGAAUCAGCAGAGGAAAAGAUGAAGGUUGAACCAUUGGAUUCACUCAGCUUAUUUCAUCUUAAAACGGAAUCCAACGGGAAGGCAUUCACUGAUAAAGCUUAUAAUUCUCAGGUACAGUUAACGGUGAAUGCCAAUCAGAAAGCCCAUCCUUUGACCCAGCCCUCCUCUCCGCCUCACCAGUGUGCUAACGUGAUGGCAGGCGAUGACCAAAUACGGUUUCAGCAGGUUGUUAAGGAGCAACUCAUGGAUCAGAGACUACCAACCUUGCCUGGUAUCUCUCAAGAAACACCCUUACCGGAGUCAGCACUAACUCUCAGGAAUGUAAAUGUAGUGUGUUCAGGUGGAAUUACAGUGGUUUCUACCAAAAGUGAAGAGGAAGUGUGUUCAUCCAGUGUUGGAACAUCAGAGUUUUCCACAGUGGACAGUGCACAGAAAAAUUUUAAUGAUUAUGCUAUGAACUUCUUUACUAACCCUACAAAAAACCUAGUGUCUGUAACUAAAGAUUCUGAACUGCCCACCUGCAACUGUCUUGAUCGAGUUAUACAAAAAGACAAAGGCCCAUAUUAUACACACCUUGGGGCAGGACCAAGUGUUGCUGCUGUCAGGGAAAUCAUGGAGAAUAGGUAUGGUCAAAAAGGAAACGCAAUAAGGAUAGAAAUAGUAGUGUACACCGGUAAAGAAGGGAAAAGCUCUCAUGGGUGUCCAAUUGCUAAGUGGGUUUUAAGAAGAAGCAGUGAUGAAGAAAAAGUUCUUUGCUUGGUCCGGCAGCGUACAGGCCACCACUGUCCAACUGCUGUGAUGGUGGUGCUCAUCAUGGUGUGGGAUGGCAUCCCUCUUCCAAUGGCUGACAGGUUAUACACAGAGCUCACAGAGAAUCUAAAGUCAUACAAUGGGCACCCUACCGACAGAAGAUGCACCCUCAAUGAAAAUCGUACCUGUACAUGUCAAGGAAUUGAUCCAGAGACUUGUGGAGCUUCAUUCUCUUUUGGCUGUUCAUGGAGUAUGUACUUUAAUGGUUGUAAGUUUGGUAGAAGCCCAAGCCCCAGGAGAUUUAGAAUUGAUCCAAGCUCUCCCUUACAUGAAAAAAACCUUGAAGAUAACUUACAGAGUUUGGCUACACGAUUAGCUCCAAUUUAUAAGCAGUAUGCUCCAGUAGCUUACCAAAAUCAGGUGGAAUAUGAAAAUGUUGCCCGAGAAUGUCGGCUUGGCAGUAAGGAAGGUCGUCCCUUCUCUGGGGUCACUGCUUGCCUGGACUUCUGUGCUCAUCCCCACAGGGACAUUCACAACAUGAAUAAUGGGAGCACUGUGGUAUGUACCUGUGUGAAUUUGUAUUCUAAAAGCUCCAUCACUAUAUGCUUAGGCUGCAGUUCUCUGUACCUGUCUUUGAAAAUACUUUUUAAAAGACAACCCCUACCAAAAGUAAUUUGUAUUUUUCUUCACGUUUGGUGUCCUUGUUUAGGGGGUAAAACUGAGACUGUGCAACCUGAAGUAAAAAGUGAAACCGAACCCCAUUUUAUCUUAAAAAGUUCAGACAACACUAAAACUUAUUCGCUGAUGCCAUCCGCUCCUCAUCCAGUGAAAGAGGCAUCUCCAGUUUUCUCCUGGUCCCCGAAGACUGCUUCAGCCACACCAGCUCCGUUGAAGAAUGAUGCAGCAGCCUCGUGUGGGUUUUCAGAAAGAAGCAGCACUCCCCACUGUACAAUGUCUUCGGGAAGACUCAGUGGUGCCAAUGCAGCCGCUGUUGAAGGCCCUGGCAUUUCACAGCUUGGCGAAGCUGCUCCUCUCCCCACCCUGUCUGCUCCUGUGAUGGAGCCCCUCGUUAAUUCUGAGCCUCCCACUGGUGUGACUGAGCCGCUAACGUCUCAUCAGCCAAACCACCAGCCCUCCUUCCUCACCUCUCCUCAAGACCUUGACUCUUCUCCAAUGGAAGAAGAUGAGCAGCAUUCUGAAGCAGAUGAGCCUCCAUCAGACGAACCCCUAUCUGAUGACCCCCUGUCACCUGCUGAGGAGAAGUUGCCCCACAUUGAUGAGUAUUGGUCAGACAGUGAGCACAUCUUUUUGGAUGCAAAUAUUGGUGGGGUGGCCAUCGCACCUGCUCACGGCUCGGUUUUGAUUGAGUGUGCCCGGCGCGAGCUGCACGCUACCACUCCUGUUGAGCACCCCAACCGUAAUCAUCCAACCCGCCUCUCCCUUGUCUUUUACCAGCACAAAAACCUGAAUAAGCCCCAACACGGUUUUGAACUAAACAAGAUUAAGUUUGAGGCUAAAGAAGCUAAGAAUAAGAAAAUGAAGGCCUCAGAGCAAAAAGACCAGGCAGCUAAUGAAGGUCCAGAACUGUCCUCUGAAGUAAAUGAAUUGAACCAAAUUCCUUCUCAUAAAGCAUUAACAUUAACCCAUGACAAUGUUGUCACCGUGUCCCCUUAUGCUCUCACACACGUUGCGGGGCCCUAUAACCAUUGGGUCUGAAGGCUUUUCUCCCCCUCUUAAUGCCUUUGCUAGUGCAGUGUAUUUUUUCAAGGUGCUGUUAAAAGAAAGUCAUGUUGUCGUUUACUAUAUCUUCAUCUCACCCAUUUCAAGUCUGAGGUAAAAAAAUAAUAAUGAUAACAAAACGGGGUGGGUAUUCUUAACUGUGACUAUAUUUUGACAAUUGGUAGAAGGUGCACAUUUUAAGCAAAAAUAAAAGUUUUAUAGUUUUAAAUACAUAAAGAAAUGUUUCAGUUAGGCAUUAACCUUGAUAGAAUCACUCAGUUUGGUGCUUUAAAUUAAGUCUGUUUACUAUGAAACAAGAGUCAUUUUUAGAGGAUUUUAACAGGUUCAUGUUUUAUGAUGUAAAAUCAAGACACACAGUGUUAACUCUACACAGCUUCUGGUGCUUAACCACAUCCACACAGUUAAAAAUAAGCUGAAUUAUUAUUUCAUGGUGCCAUCGUUCCAACAUCUUCCAAUCAUUGCUAGAAAAUUGGCAUAUUCCUUUGAAAUAAACUUAUGAAAUGUUUUCUCUCUUAAAAUAUUUCUCCUGUGUAAAAUACAUCAUUGUUGUUAGUAAUGGUUGGAGGCUGUUCAUAAAUUGUAAAUAUAUAUUUUAAAAGCACUUUCUAUUUUUAAAAGUAACUUGAAAUAAUAUAGUAUAAGAAUCCUAUUGUCUAUUGUUUGUGCAUAUUUGCAUACAAGAGAAAUCAUUUAUCCUUGCUGUGUAGAGUUCCAUCUUGUUAACUGCAGUAUGUAUUCUAAUCAUGUAUAUGGUUUGUGUUCUUUUACUGUGUCCUCUCACAUUCAAGUAUUAGCAACUUGCAGUAUAUAAAAUAGUUAGAUAAUGAGAAGUUGUUAAUUAUCUCUAAAAUUGGAAUUAGGAAGCAUAUCACCAAUAUUGAUUAACUUUUUUUUUUUUUAGAACUAGGUAAGAGUGGUCUCUUCUUAUUGAACAACCUCAAUUUAGUUUCAUCCCACCUUUCUUAGUAUAAUCCAUGAGAGGUGUUUCCAAAAGGAGAUGAUGGUACAGGAUAGGUUUCAGAAGAGUCAAAUGCUUCUAAUGUCUCAAGGUGAUAAAGUACAAAAACUAAGUAGACAGAUAUUUUGUACUGAAGUCUGAUACAGAAUUAGGAAAAAACAAAUUCUUGUUGAAAUAUUUUGAAAACAAAUUCCCUACUAUCAUCACAUGCCUCCCAACCCCAAGUCAAACAAGAGGAAUGGUACUGUAAACAUGGCUUUGUCCGUUAAGAGCUAAUUCAUUUGUUUAUCUUAGCAUAUUAGAUUUGGGAAAAUGAUAACUCAUCUUUUCUGAUAAUUGCCUAUGUUCUAGGUAACAGGAAAGUAGGCAUUAAGUUUAUUUUAGUCUUCCCAUUUUCUUCCUAUUACUUUAUUGACUCAUUUUAUUGCAAAACAAAAAGGAUUACCCGGACAACAUGUUUCGAACAAGGAGAAUUUUCAAUGAAAUACUUGAUUCUGUUAAAAUGCAGAGGUGCUAUAACAUUCAAAGUGUCAGAUUCCUUGGGAAUAUGGAAAACCUAAUGGUGCUUCUCCCUUGGAAAUGCCAUAGGAAGCCCACAACCGCUAACACUUACAAUUUUGGUGCAAAAGUAAACAGUUCCAGCAGGCUCUCUAAAGAAAAACUCAUUGUAACUUAUUAAAAUAAUAUAUGGUGCAAAGUAUCUGUUUUGAGCUUUUGACUAAUCCAAGUAAAGGAAUAUGAAGGGAUUGUAAAUAACAAAAUGUCCAUUGAUAGACCAUCGUGUACAAGUAGAUUUCUGCUUGUUGAAUAUGUAAAAUAGGGUAAUUCAUUGACUUGUUUUAGUAUUUUGUGUGCCUUAGAUUUCUGUUUUAAGACAUGUAUAUUUUUGUGAGCCUAAGGUUUCUUAUAUACAUAUAAGUAUAUAAAUAAGUGAUUGUUUAUUGCUUCAGCUGCUUCAACAAGAUAUUUACUAGUAUUAGACUAUCAGGAAUACACCCUUGCGAGAUUAUGUUUUAGAUUUUAGGCCUUAGCUCCCACUAGAAAUUAUUUCUUCACCAGAUUUAAUGGAUAAAGUUUUAUGGCUCUUUAUGCAUCGACUCAUCUACUCAUUCUUCGAGUCUACACUUAUUGAACGCCUGCAAAAUCUAAAUAUCACUUUUAUUUUUCUUUGAAUCACCACCUAUGACAUAGUAAACUUGAAGAAUAAAAACUGCCCUCAGAAAUAUUUUUAAAAGAAGUAACAAAUUAUCUUCAAGAUAAUCCAUGGUAACGUAUGCAGUAAUUCAAAUUGAUCUGUCUCUGAAUAGAUUUCUUAACAAUCUAAACUUGAAACAUCAAUGUUAAUUUUUGGAACUGUUGGGAUUUGUGAUGCUUGUUGCAGUUUACCAAAACAAGUAUUUGAAAAUAUCUAGUAUCAACUGAAAUGUUUCCAUUCCAUUGUUGUAGUUAACAUCAUGAAUGGACUUCCUAAGCUGAUUACCCCACUGUGGGAACCAAAUGGAUUCCUACUUUGUUGGACUCUAUUUCCUGAUUUUAACAAUUUACCAUCCCAUUCUCUGCCCUGUGAUUUUUUAAAAGCUUAUUCGAUGUUCUGCAGCAUUGUGAUUGUAUGCUGGCUACACCGCUUUUAGAAUGCUCUUUCUCAUGAAGCAAGGAAAUAAAUUUGUUUGAAAUGACAUUUUCUCUCAUAAAA